GCUCUCUUCGGCUGAGCUCGGCCGCGGCCCCGGAAGGGCGCCCAUGGAGCCGGUACCGCCGGCUCGGCCGACCGCUAUGGCGCCGCUGCUGGAGUAUGAGCGGCAGCUGGUGCUGGAACUACUGGACGCGGACGGGCUGGUAGUGUGCGCCCGCGGGCUCGGCGCGGAUCGGCUCCUCUACCACUUCCUCCGGCUGCACUGCCACCCCGCGUGCCUGGUGCUGGUGCUCAACACGCAGCCGGCCGAGGAGGAGUAUUUUAUCAGUCAGCUGAAGAUUGAAGGAGUGGAACACCUCCCUCGUCGGGUAACAAAUGAAAUCACAAGUAACAGUCGCUACGAGGUCUACACCCAAGGAGGUGUGAUAUUUGCAACAAGUCGGAUACUUGUGGUCGACUUCUUGACUAAUAGAAUACCUUCAGAUUUAAUCACUGGCAUCUUGGUGUAUAGAGCGCACAGGAUAAUCGAGUCUUGUCAAGAAGCAUUCAUCUUGCGUCUGUUCCGCCAGAAAAACAAGCGUGGUUUUAUUAAAGCUUUCACAGACAAUGCUGUCGCCUUUGACACUGGUUUUUGUCACGUGGAAAGAGUGAUGCGAAAUCUUUUCGUAGGGAAGCUGUAUCUGUGGCCAAGGUUCCAUGUAGCAGUAAACUCAUUCUUAGAACAGCACAAACCUGAAGUUGUAGAAAUUCACGUUUCUAUGACGCCUGCCAUGCUCGCCAUACAGACUGCCAUCCUGGACAUCCUAAAUGCGUGUCUGAAAGAACUGAAAUGCCACAACCCAUCGCUGGAAGUUGAAGAUUUGUCUUUAGAAAAUGCUAUCGGAAAACCGUUUGACAAGACGAUCCGCCAUUAUCUGGAUCCCUUGUGGCACCAGCUUGGAGCCAAGACUAAGUCCUUGGUUCAGGAUUUGAAGAUACUACGAACUUUGCUGCAGUAUCUCUCUCAGUAUGAUUGUAUCACAUUCCUUAAUCUUCUGGAAUCUCUGAGAGCGACAGAGAAGGCUUUUGGUCAGAAUUCAGGUUGGCUCUUUCUUGACUCCAGCACCUCGAUGUUUGUUAAUGCUCGAGCAAGGGUUUAUCAUCUUCCAGAUGCCAAAAUGAACAAAAAAGGCAAAGUGUCUGAAAAAACGGAAAUUGAACAAGUGCAAGAAACAAAAAAGGAAUUGGUGCUAGAAAGCAACCCGAAGUGGGAAGCUCUGACCGAAGUACUGAAAGAAAUUGAGGCGGAAAAUAAGGAGAGUGAAGCGCUUGGGGGUCCAGGUCAGGUACUGAUUUGUGCAAGUGAUGAGCGAACGUGUUCCCAGCUGAGAGAGUAUAUCACGAUCGGAGCAGAGGCCUUCUUGUUGAGGCUCUACAGGAAGACCUUUGAGAGGGACAGCAAAGCCGAGGACGUGUGGGUGCAAUUUAGAAGUGAGGACAGUGCAAAGAGAAUGGCGAAAUCUCACAAAAGGCCUAAAGACCCCCACAGCAAACAGAGGGCUGCCCCCAAAGAAAGGACUCUCAAGAAGAAGAAGCGGCGGUUAACUUUAACACAGAUGAUAGGAAAGCCUGAAGAACCGGAAGAGGAAGGGGAUGCCAAGGAACGCUGUGCUGGAGACACGGGCAGUAGCCCAGACAGUUCCUUAGAAGAAAUCAAGCACGAGGAAUUUGACUUAAACUUGUCAUCCGAUGCCGCUUAUGGAAUACUGAAAGACCCGCUCACCAUCAUCCACCCUCUCUUGGGCUGCAGUGACCCCUACGCUCUGACAAGGGUGCUACACGAGGUGGAACCGAGAUACGUGGUUCUGUACGACGCCGAGCUAACGUUUGUUCGCCAGCUUGAGAUUUACCGGGCGAGUAGGCCCGGGAAGCCUCUGAGGGUUUACUUUCUUAUAUACGGAGGCUCAACAGAGGAACAGCGCUAUCUCACGGCUUUGCGGAAAGAAAAGGAAGCUUUUGAAAAACUCAUAAGGGAGAAGGCUAGCAUGGUUGUGCCUGAAGGGAGGGAAGGGAGAGAUGAGGGGAACCUGGACCUGGUGAGAGGCUCCGCGUCCACAGGCUCGCCCACUGACACGAGGAAAGCAGGUGGCCAGGAGCAGAACGGUACCCAGCAAAGUAUAGUUGUGGAUAUGCGUGAGUUCCGCAGCGAACUCCCAUCCCUGAUCCACCGUCGGGGCAUUGACAUUGAACCGGUGACGCUGGAGGUCGGAGACUACAUUCUGACUCCCGAAAUGUGCGUGGAGCGCAAGAGCAUCAGCGAUUUGAUUGGCUCUUUAAACAACGGCCGCCUCUACGGCCAGUGUAUCUCCAUGUCCCGCUACUACAAGCGCCCGGUGCUCCUGAUCGAGUUCGACCCCAGCAAGCCCUUCUCGCUCACUUCCCGAGGUGCCUUCCACCAGGAGAUCUCCGGCAAUGACGUCAGUUCCAAGCUCACCCUCCUCACGCUUCACUUCCCCAGACUCCGGCUUCUCUGGUGCCCCUCCCCCCACGCCACCGCCGAGCUGUUCGAGGAGCUGAAACAGAACAAGCCGCAGCCCGACGCGGCCACGGCCAUGGCCGUCACGGCGGAUUCGGAAACCCUCCCGGAGUCAGAAAAGUAUAAUCCGGGUCCCCAGGACUUCUUGUUGAAAAUGCCAGGGGUAAAUGCCAAAAACUGUCGCGCUUUGAUGCACCACGUCAAGAACAUCGCAGAGCUGGCCAGCCUGUCGCAAGACAAGCUGGCGGGUAUUUUGGGCAACGCCUCGAACGCGAAGCAGCUCUAUGACUUCAUCCACACCCCUUAUGCCGAGUUUGUGUGUAAAGGCAAAAUGAGAAAGUGAACGAGGGCGGCGGCCGUUUUCUUAUCCCGUGACUGUGAUUUCCAGCCACCCUGUACCGGAAUGAACAGACCGAGAUGAAUCACGAGCUGAGAAUUCCGCUCUCUUCGGCACCUAACGACCGCGCAGUCCGCUUCUGGGGUCAGCGGACCACAAGCCCAGAUGCCCCUCUGGACUUUGUGUUUAGGCACUGAUUUUAACCUUCCCAUGCCGGCCCGCCUCCCUCCCUGCGCCUGCGCCGUCAGGGCCAGAGGCAGGGCAGCGUGUCCCGCUCUUCGGUCAGGAGUCAGAAUCAGGCGAGGCGUCUCGUGGGGGCUUGUAGGAGGCCGCUCUUGACGCGAGCAGCAGUUUAUGUUUCCCACGCAGGCCGAUAAGACACACCAUCAUGUCCCUGCCCUCUUUGUUCAGGACGGGCCCCCGGCACGCCGAGAAGGAACCUUGUCUGCCAUUCCUUGCCAGUUCUCACCCUCUUUUCCGCAAAUGCGCGCUUCCCCCUUUAAGAAAAACCCACGGGGACUUCCUCGUACUGACGUAAGACGUAAGAUGGCGCCCCGUGAAACUAGCUGGUUCCUCAGCCCCCGAAUGUGUGUGACGCGUACCAGAACUCGAUUGUGCAAAGCCAGCAGCUUUUAAACGUGAGAUGAAUUGUUCCCUGUUUCCAGAAUUUGAUGGUGAAGGAGCGCUGAGGACGCGCCGUUGUGCAGACAUCUCACCUCCUGAGUCUCAGAGAACUCUAAGCCCAAAGGGCUCGUUAGAGUCUCUUAAGACUUCCUCUUCCCCCCCCCCCAAGCCUCUCCCCACACGCCUGAGACCACCAGCGCCAGAUCCUCUCCACACGCAGCGUCAGCCCACCCUCUGCUCCCCGCUUCGUGUCCCUGGGCCAGCGUGCUCGCUGGCGUCUGUGUGAGGACUCAUGGACAAGCAAACGGGUGGCCCCCCGAGUCUUUAAGAUUGGGUUUUCCUUCUUGCAGUGGAGAUAAAAGAAGUACAAGUAAAUGGAAGAUCAGCGCAUAGAAUAUCUAAGAAUUCUAGAGAAAUUCACACACUUAAAAAUUCACAAAGCCAUCUCCUUCUCAAACCUUCCGAUUGACUUAGGUUAGCUUUAUACUGACGUGCACAUACAGGACAUUCAUAGCAUCUUUGUGCAGUUUCUAAACUUUUCUAUUUCAGCUUUACUAAGGUAUUAUUCACACAUCUAGUAACGAGUAGUAAAUUUUCUACCUCAAGAGCUGAUGCGGAUGUAGACAGCAGUGCCGUCAGCCACGCCGCACAGUUUUGCGUUUUCCGCGUCGGCCAUGUUUUCGUUUGUCACAGUGUUUGAACUCAGAGUGGACGCGGGAGCACAGAACAGAGAGUGGUCUUAGCCUCCACAGACGUUCUUUGCACCGGCCUUUCCACUCAUAUUGACGUCUUGAUCCCUCCAUAUCAUAUGUUAACACUUGUUGAUAAGGUUAAAGCAGACGUGGAUUUCCAACUCUCUGCCAGGGUAGGACAAGAAUGAAUUGAGAGAUAUCAAGGAACCGUGUCAUUACACGGAACUGUGUACAGUGAUCUGAGGAAUGG